UCUCUCUCUCUCCCUCUCUCUCUCUGUCGCUUUUCCUUUUUCUUAUCUCUCUCGUCCUCAUUUCUCUUUCACUGUCUCUCUUGCUUUUCUUCUUAUUUCUCCUAAUUUCCUAUUUUAUCUAUUUUCUCCAGGGACUCGGUUCUGGAUUACUUCUCUUGUCGUACUGAUCCGCUGAUCUGACCAUUUGCUGUAGAAUGGGACCCUCAAACCACAAGACUUCACUGAAGAGACUGAGUUAGCUGUCCAGUCUUUGGAUGGACCCUCAUCUUAUUGGCUACCCCUUAUUGGCUACCCGAAUGGGUGUGGUCGUAGUGGAGCAAACUGAUGAGAGCGACCAAUGGUAUGAAGACUUCCAGUGCUGGCUCUCAUCAGGUGAGAGGGGCCCCCAGGCCAGCCCCGUCGCCCCCCACCGCAACCCUGUGACCCCCCAGCCCGGCCCUGUGUCAUCAGAAGGGGACGAACCUGGACACGGGAGGAAGGUGUCUUUCUUUGAUGAUGUCACUGUCUAUGUGUUUGAUCAGGAGAGUCCCACCAGGGAGCUACAAAGUCACUGGCCAGAGACCAACAGCAAAGAGACCAAGGGUCAAUCUCCAAUACCAAUUUACAGACACACACCUGAGACCAAUGAUCAAUCCCCAAUCCCGCCCUGCAGCUGUGUCAACCAUCUACCUCACAUGGCAACCUCAGGGGUCUGCUUAGAGGACAAUGCUUUUGGCAGUGUGAGGAAGAGGGGUAACUGAAUCAGCCUGAAGGAUGAAGUCUAAAGGGAAGGCCGCUAAGUCAUCCAGAAAACCCUGGACUGGGCCAGACCCCGAACCAGAGACCAGUGACACCAGUGAACCAGGCUCUAGCGAACAGGAGGGCUCUGAGGCUUCGGUCCGUAUCGGAGGCUCCUGGAGGGGGGUCUUGAGGGGCGGGGACCGCGAGCAAGGUAGAGGAGGAGGGGUUGCCACCCACAACCCCCACAGACGCCGACGGUCUCACAACAGCAACAAAGAACGCAACGUCCGGCGGCUGGAGAGCAACGAGCGAGAGCGCCAGCGCAUGCACAAACUUAACAACGCUUUCCAGGCCCUCAGAGAGGCCAUCCCGCAUGUCAAAAUGGAUAAGAAGCUCUCCAAGAUCGAGACGCUGACGCUGGCCGAGAACUACAUCAAGUCCCUGACCACCAUCAUCCUGGGGAUGUCCAGCGCCCGCCUGCCCCCCGGGGAGACACCGACAGAGGCUAGCGCUGCCAGACUGCUCCAGUGUUACCAGCAGCACCUGGAGGAGGAUGGGGAGGAGAGCUUGUCUCAGUUCCUCACCCAGAUUCACAGCUUUAGCCAGGAAAGCUAACAGCUAGCAGGUGCUAACUCAACAGCCGAAGGGUUGGAGCAUCCAUGCUUGACUUGGGGAGCGAAUCUCAACUGACACCCUAUCUCCCAUAUUGUGCACUGCUACUGUACUUAUGACCGAAAGUAGUACACUGUAUGGGGAAAGGGUGUCAUCUGAGAUGCAGCCUUAUACUCCACCAAGCUAGUGAGCUAUAGUGACAUACCUGACAUCACCAUGCACUAAAUGGAGCAUACAAGAACUUAACUCAGUAACUCUAUUAGACAGUGGUGGGAGGUGAUUCUUAGCACCAUACCCUUGACAUUAAUUCUAAGAGAACAUAAUGGUGGAGUAUAAGUGAAGACAGACAGAGAGCAUCCUCCCACCUGACUAGCUGGCUGAAGCAAAGCACCUGUGGACUUUGUCAGUCUAGACAUAGGCCUAGCAUGAAUAGUGACAGACAGAAUACCCAGAGGACCAUGAUAAAACAUAUCACUUGGAUUCUGACUCUGAUUGGUGGUGAGAACCAAGAGUGGACAGACUUCUGACCGACCAACGUCGAAGAACAUUUCAGUGCCAUUUUAUUUAAUCUGUUUCAUUUCAUUGUCUUUUAUUUUCUUAAAUUUUUCUAACUGCUGAUUACUGUAGUUAAUUGGUCAAAAAUGUAAAAUAACUGAUUGUCGAAAUAUAGUUCAUUUUCUAACUAAAAACCAGCAUACACUGUGGCCCUCGGGGCCACAAGCUGUGUAGAUAGGACAGGCCACACCUGCUGUAGAUGAAGACUUGUUUUCAACCUUUUUUCAACCAAUGUUUGUUUUCCCUGCUGAGCACUGCCUCUGGACACAACAGUCACAUACAGGACAAGGAUAUGCUUACAUAGACUGGUCCUACAGACUUUAGUCAAAUACUGUACUCUUUAAGUAAGGAAAAUAAAACAUCAUAAUUUAAAUCAAGUGCGAAUCGUUAUGACUGUAGAUACAUAUAUGUAUACUGUAUAUAGGUGGGAAAAACAGUUUGAAGGGUUGAAGCAGGGAAUUGAACCCAUGCCUUCGGUGGGGAAGCCGGCAGUUACCACUAGACCCACAGGCUCUGCAGAGAUAUAUAUUUGUACAUGUCAGAAUUGAUGUGUUGACCAAGUUCUCUAUGACCCAUCUCCAAACUGCAAUGGUAUUUUGUAAGUGUAUUUACAGAUCUGUAAAAUGGUCCUUCCAACGGCAGGAUAGUGGGUUCGAUUCCGGGGAUCACGUGUAUGUAAAACGUAUGCAUGCAUGACUGUAAAUCACUUUGGAUAAACGCGUCUGGGUUAUUAUAUAAAAACAGUGGUGUGUGUGUAACAGGUGAAUUUGAUAUUGAAGACAUAUUUAUGUUGCUCUUACAAUGUGUGUGUGAAUUAUAUUGUAAUAUCUUUGUAGCCUGAGUUCUGAGUCUUGGAUCAUGAGAGUUUUGGAUCAUGAGAAUAAAAUAAAUACAAUAAUCUUCCUUA